UCGCCCUAUUAGGUCAAUAAUGUCAUGGCCAUGUGGCCCUAUUAGGUCAAUAAUGUCAUGGCCAUGUGGCCCUAUUAGGUCAAGAAUGUCAUGGCCAUGUGGCCCUAUUAGGUAAGUAAUGUCAUGGCCAUGUGGCCCUAUUAGGUCAGUAAUGUCAUGGCCAUGUGGCCCUAAUAGGUCAAUGGUGUCAUGGUCACAUGGCCAUAUUAGGUCAAUGGUGUCAUGGUCACAUGGCCAUAUUAGGUCAAUGGUGUCAUGGUCACAUGGCCAUAUUAGGUCAAUGGUGUCAUGG